AUGUCAGUGAAGAGAGUCGAUCUUCUGUCUCAGUUUAUGACCAUCGUUCACCAAAGAGGGGAGAGCGCAAGUUACACGCCCAAGAAGUUGCGCACGGAGAUGGUGGCUGGAACUUUCGCUGGUGUCGAUUCCACGGCUGCAACUAUAAGAACCAUUUUUUACAGUCUCAUGAACAGUCCUCGCUCCAUGAAGAAGGUCCAGGCCGAGAUUGACGCUGCGUUUGCUAACGGCACUCUGUCACACCCUGUUCAAUAUAACAAGGUGAUCAAGUUUCCGUACCUCCAAGCCGUCAUCAAAGAAGUUGCACGCAUGUUCCCAGCCUGGUAA